UGGGCUCCCCCGCCCGCGGGCGAGGGGCGGGGCCGGCUGGGCUCCCCGGGCGCAGCCGUCUGCAGCCCCCUCCCCUCGCCUUCCCGCCGCUCCGGGCCGCGGCGGCGCUCGGGCCGGGCCCCACCCAGGAUUUAGCGUGGAGCAGGGGAGCCCGAAGCCAGAGGUGCGCGCCGUGCGAGCAGGUGCGGGAUGGACAAGAAGGACAAGGCAAAGGCAGGGGGUGCCGCGCGGGCGCCGACUUCCCGCCCUCCGGGCCUCCCCACGCCUAGGCCCCCAGGGUCUCCUCGUCCCCCUCCUCCAGUAACUGCUGCAGCCCUUCGAGUUCUGGGAGCAGCGGGAGCUACAGGGCGAAGGUCCCUGGCUGAACGGGGUGGGGGCGUCGGUGGAGCUGAGGCUGCUGCCCGAGGGGGACCAUCUCGGAGCACUGGUGCAGGUCCCCGGAGCCCAGCCUCCAGGCCCCCAACGGCUGGGAGAGGAGAGUGCCCCCCUGCCAAGACCUCAGGCCAGGCCUCUGUUUCUAGCCCAGCUCGUUCCAACAGAUCAGGCUCUGUUGGCCAGAAGGGACCACAGCCUCCAGGUGAGGAACCUGUUGCCAGAGGAAAAGCCUCAGAGGUGCCCAAAAAAAGUGUGGGGAGCUCAGGAGCACGGAAAGACUCUUCAGGGCCCACCUCAGGGGCCCCCUCCCCGGCCACCACCCGUCGGACGAGGGCCACAGAGUUGGGACUUUCCCGACCAGCCCCGAGUGCCCGGACGCGACCUCCGACCGAGGCCCCUCGGAGAUCCGUGAGCAAUACCACAGCGCGCAGCAAUGCCGCAGACUCCAGUCCCGCAGCCCGGAGGCGGCCCAGUGCCAGUGGGGCCCUCCCGAAGCCGGCCUCGCGUUCCUUGGGCUCCAGCUCUACCCCUCUGGCCUCCCCAGUUCGCUCUGGGGGCGCACUUCGUGGAACACUCCGGGCUCCUGCGCAGACAUCGCAGCCUAAGUCCAAAGCGCAGCCGGCUCUGCGUGCCACACAGGCCGCACCUCUCAAGAAGGAGACAGCUUCAACUCAAGGCGGGCUUUCUUCUUCCUUGGUCACGCCCCCUCCAACUGGUUCCACCGCUGGGCAGGCACCGUCUCCGCUGCUCUCUGGCGCCGGGGUGACAGCCGCACUCCCUCCCUCUCCACCGACCACGCCCCCUCCACCUGCUUCCCUUCACCUUCAGACCCCGCCCUCCCCACAGGCCCCGCCCCCUCCAAGAGUCCAGUCCCCUCUCCUAGCCCUGCAGAACCUCCCCUCCCCGCCGGCCACACCCCCUGAAGAGGCAUCCCUCCCUCCACUAUCCAAGGCUGCACACUCUCUAUCGCUUUCGCCCCAGAAUGUCCUCCCUACCCAGGCUUCCCCGGUUUUGCCACCUCUUCCGACUCCCUUGACCACACCCACUUCGUCCACUCUGCCUUCGGUUCCGUCUUCUCUACAGACCCCUCUUUCUCCACCAGUAUCUCCGCUGAAUCUGCCAUCUCCUCGGUCCACGCCCAUUCCUCCGGCUCUUUCCGCUCCUCUCUGCGCCAGUCCUUCCCUGUCUCCGCCUCCUCUUCAGGCCACACCCUCUAAAAUGCCUACACCUCCAUCGCAAGAUCCUCCUCUGGCUACAUCCCCUGCGCAGGGUCCCCUGGCAUCUCCCACUACUCCGACCUCUGCGCCUCCGCAGGCCCCCGCCGAGUCCCUGGCUACACCCCCACUGUGUGCCUCACCCUCCCUGACCUCGCCACCCAUACAGGUCCCACCUGCUCUGGCUUCACCACUUCUGCAGGCCACGCCUCCUUUGGCCUUGCCACCUCUGCAGGCACUACUUUCCGUGGGCUCACCUCCACUGCAGGCUACGCCUUCUUUCCUUCCCACCCCACCUCUGACCUCACCUCUGCAGGCCUCUCCUCCCCCUACCAUGAACCCUUUGCCCCAUCUCUCUCCCCCUGCGUCGCCCCUCCAGCAACCUCUCCUUUCUCCUCCGACCUUACUGCCUCUGCAAGCCUCUCUGUCUUCCUCUGUCUCACCUUCCCGGUUUCCUUCAGCCACUCGACUUCCGCUGGUCCCGCCUUCUCUAGACUUGCAACCUCAGUCGCUCCUGACCACGCCUCCUUCGCAGGUCUCCCCUCUGGCCUUGCCUUCCUUGCAGGCCCCGCCCUCCCCAAAGGCCACGCCCCAGGAACAGGCCCCGCCUUAUCUGGCCUUUUCCCUCCAAGAGGACCCUCCCUCUCCCAUGCCCACGCCCCCUCCGCAGGCCCUACUUCCGUUGCAGGGCCCGCCCUCUCCCCUAGCCCAAUCUCCGACAAAGGCCCCGCCAUCCCUGAUCUCGCCCCUUCCUCCCCUUGUCUUGACCACGCCUUCUACACAGGUCCCACCUCCGGUUUUGCCCCCUCUGCAGGCUCCGCUCUCCCCCUUGGCCACACCCCCCACACGGGCCCCUCCCCUUCUGUCCUUGCCUCCCCUACAGGCCACGCCCCCUUUCCUGGCUCCGCGAACUACCCAGGCCCCGCCUUCUCUGGCCUCGCCCCUUCUGCAGGUUCCACCCUCUCCCCCUGCCUCCCCUAUUCCGCAGCCCCCACGCCGCCCCCCGACCCCUGGUCCCGAUGCCUCCACCUCUGGCCCGCGGCUGACCCUAGCGCUGGCCCCAGCCCCGCCGCCACCACCCUCACGCAGCCCGUCCAGCACGCUGAGUGGUCCGGACCUGGCUGGGCACAGCAGCAGCGCGACAAGCACGCCCGAGGAGCUGCGCGGCUACGACAGCGGGCCUGAGGGCGGCGCCGCAGCUUCCCCGCCGGCCGACGCGGAGCUCGCCGCCUGCCACCCGGCUGUCUGGAGUCGAGGUCCUGCUCCGCCCCUGGCCGUCCGUGGCGCUCCAGGAGCUCCGCUGCCUUGGCCUCCGGUUGCGGGGCCCGGCUCUGGUGACGGCCUGUGCACCAUCUACGAGGCCGAAGGGCCCGAGCCGGCGACCCCCACUUCGGGCGCUCUGGAUCCGGAAACCGGGUCCAGCGCCGGCAGUGGGAAGACCGCGGCGGGCGCGGGGCCGGGGGCGUCCUCGCUGAGCCCGAAGCCUGCGCCCUUGGGGGAACUGCCGCUGGGGGCGCUGCAGGCGAGCGUCGUGCAGCACCUGCUGAGCCGGACGCUGCUGCUGGCGGCGGCCGAGGGUGCCGGGGGUGGCGGCGGCGGUGGGCCACGCGGUGCGGGGGGUGUCGGUGUCUCGGGGGGCACCCGAGCUCCGCUCAGCGAUGCCGAACUAGGCCGCUGGGCCGAACUGCUCUCUCCUCUGGACGAAUCCCGUGCUAGCAUCACCUCAGUCACCAGCUUCUCCCCGGACGACGUGGCCUCCCCGCAGGGUGACUGGACCGUGGUGGAAGUGGAGACUUUCCACUGAGCCCCUGCACGGCUUUCGGGUCCGCACACUCAGAUCUCGCCCUUGUCUCCUACACUCUGACUCUCGUCCCAUUGGUUUUAGCCCCUAGAGCUCUUUAAGUGUUUGGAUCCAGACCCCAACCCCCUCCCCCCUGGCUGGAGCUCUCGGGACCCAGCCACGCCCUCAGGCUUGGCCCCUGUGGCUUAAGACACGCCCCUCUCGCUUCCAGCCUGGCCCCUUGUCCAGUGUAGUUUACUCCUUGCAGUCUGAGUUUGCAAUAAACCCGGUCGCCGGA